CUGUAGAUUUAUAUAAAUGUGUGUGUGUUAUAUUAAAACAUACUCUAUGUACAGAUUUAUCAUAGAUAUUACAUUACACAUUACUUAAUAACAUGAUUAUCAGUUCAAAGGGAGGCUGAUAUUCCCUGAUUGUAGAUAGGUAAUUUAUCACACUAUGCUAUUUGUCUAAGUGCACCUUAUCAUUCAGUAGCUUUUAGAACCACCUUUAGCAGCAAUAACUUGAAGUAAUCAUUAUCUGUGUGACUUUAUCAGUUUCUCACAUUCUUGUGGAGGAAUUUUGGCUCACUCUUCUGUGCAAUGUUGUUUCCGUUCAUUGAGUUUUGCAGGCAUUCAUUUUUGCACAGCUCUCUUAAGGUCCCGCCACAGCAUUUCAGUCAGGUUGAGGUCUGGACUUUGACUCAACCAUUGCAACACGUUCAUUGACUCUGUUGUAGAUUUAUUGUCCUGUUGCAAAACUCAUAUUUGACUCUAGAAUAUUUCUGUAUACAUGAGUUCCUGGUCAAGUGAGUGACAGCAAGGUGCCCAGGUUAUGUGGCUGUAAAACAAGCCCAUAUCAUCACUCCUCCACCGCCAUGCUUGACAGCCGGUAUGAGGUGUUUGUGCUGAUAUGCUGUGUUUGGUUUUCACCAAACACGGUGCUGUGCAGUACGGCCAAACAGCUCCGCUUUGGUCUCAUUUGCCCAAAGGACAUUGUUCAAAAAGUCUUGUAGUUGUUAAACACACCUUUUCUCUUUAGAUGUGGCGAUUAAGCGCACAAGUCAGAGAGCAAUCUCUCUUGUUGGGUUUUUAUCUCAGUAAAUAAAACCUAGAUCAAUUACCUCUUGGAUUCCAAGCGACGCAUAUUGUUUACUUCAUAGAAAACAACUUAAUAUUUGCUUAUAAAGUCUUCAGGAAACUAAAUAAGAAGAUGAGACUACUAGUCUAGUUUUCAACUUGUCACACUGCUGGGUCGCGUGCUUCUAAAGUGUCUCAAAUUUUACCAUCAAUUCAUUAAUUAAUACUGUGUUGCUUGUGACACGUCCCAUCAAAAUAAUGAGGCACCAUUUAUUAUUGAUGAUAAUUCAUCUUCACAUGUUUUAUUCAUCAUCGUUGAAGCCCAGAGGAAGGCGCUAAGGCCAGAGUUUGGUGACCUACAGUAAAAGUUCACUAAGUGUCUCAAGGUAAAUAGGAAGACAGCCUGACAGUGUUCUUCUCCCUGGUGUGGGUUUAUGGCAGGUCAGUCCCAUCACGGCAGCUGAUGACAAUAGUGACGACUGUGAUGAUGAGGAUGGUGACGUACGCAGACGUGCGUGUGUUUGUGUCUGCGUGUACUGCGAUUGUCUUUCGUUCUUUUUUUUAAUUCUGCUCAUGUGAAUAUUAAAGAGUGUACAUUACGGUAGAACUGAGUGUUAUAUGACAUGUAUAAGACCCGCUUAAUUCCCCACCCCACCCUUUUGUAGAUGAAAAUGCAAGGCUAUAUUUGGAGAGAGCUGAUGUCACAAGUGGUUUGAGCAGAGAGCCUAUAACUGUUGGAGUCGGCUUGUGUGACAGUCUGACAAACCUUGGAGAGCUCCAGUAGCAGACUGGGAUCUAGCCAAGACAACAGAAAGUAAUCACGCUUACAGCAUGUAUCACCUCAGGGUGCCUGUGCUUCUUCUCAUGCUGCUUGUGCUGCUGCACUGCAUCACCGCUGCCCCAAGCUAUAGGUACUUCAGUCCCAGCUCAUCCAGCGAGCAGGAAAGCGAUCUCCCAGAUAGCGAAGCCUGGUUGCUUCCCGGGCUAAUCUCCAACCCGUUUCUCAGCCUCGUGGGUACACGGCCACGAAGGGGGCUCACAGCUAUGAACAGUCACCAUAUAGAGAAGAGAAAGUGCAACACAGCUACCUGUGUCACCCAGAGGCUAGCAGACUUCCUGGUCCGCUCCAGUAACACUAUUGGUACUGUGUACGCACCAACCAAUGUGGGAUCUGCCACCUAUGGCAAGAGAGACCUACUGGAGCCUUCAGGCUACGUGAAUCUCUAGUGCCAACUGAGGAGACUCCACAGCAGUUGCAGCAAUCCUCACAGCUCUGAUGAUAUAACCAAUCAUGUAACAAUGAUUGUGAGAAUGACAUAAAUAACGAUGGCAAUGAUGGCAAUGAUCACAGACUUUUCUUGAUUACUUUCUUAACUUAAGAAACAGUGCCUUUGAUUUAAAACAUCACUGUAUAUUUUUUUCUGCCUUUUUGUGUGUUGUGGCUUCAUAUGUUAACACUGUUGCACAAUGGCAUGAUGGGAAUAAUAAUAAUAAAAAACAACCAAACGUUAAAGUAAUUCAUGGGAAAUAAAAUAAAGGAAAAAACAUGUAAAGCAAUAUAAAAUAAAUGUUAUUUGUUGUUUUGAUAAUAAAAUUGUAAAAAAAUAUAUUUAUAUUUUUUAAAACCUUUAUGAGUUUUAAGCCACAUUAUUGUAUUAGAGCUGCACGCAGGAGCUGUGAGCUGUUAGCAUCCAUCUGAUGAGUACAGAACACGUUUUCUUUCAGGAGAUGUCCAUUAAAUCAAAUAAAAUUAUUUCACUUUGAUUAUAAGCAAACUCUGAAAGUUGCAUUGCCACUGGAAUAAACUUGAAAAUGA